GCUGAGAUUCGAUAACCGCAUUUCCAAUUGGCUGCUUUUGGUUUUGUAAUUCCUUAUAUUUUCAAAUAAACCUUUAAUAAAAAUCAGCCAAUAUGCCUUUCAUGAAAGGACGCGCGCCUAUUAGGCGUACAAUUCAAUAUUUAAAAGCCGGCCGUUUAGUACUAAAAGAGAAAGUGAAGAUUUUUAGUGUGAAUUACAAUGUAUACGGUGACCACCACGAUGGAGCCAGAGAUUUUGUGUUUUGGAAUUUGUGUCAGAUUCAGUAUAAAAAUCCAAAUGUGCAAGUUGUAACUUUUAAGAACAUGACACCUUCGCCUUUUGUGCGCUGCUACUUCGAAGAUGGACGCGAUAUGUUGAUCGAUAUCGACAGCCGGAACCGUGAGGAGAUCAUGGAGCAUCUAUGUAAAGUAGUUGGCAAAACAAAAGCUCAGUUAGACGCCGAGGCACAUUUAGCGGAGAGUAAAGAUAAUCCUGCCAACUUUGGCUAUGGCUGCGAUCGACAUUGCAUCUGUGAGGUACUCGGCCAAGUGCCCUGCCCAGGAACAAUUCAAUUCCCGGAUCAUAUGCGCGGCAAACAUAUCUUUGCACCAAAGUAAACUAAUAAAGGAUAUAUUUUAUAAUUCUA